AUGUCUUUCAAUCAGAUCAGUGGUACUUUUCCAAAUAACUCUAUCCACAUAAUCCAACUAGAUCUAAGCUCUAAUAAUUUCUCAGGACCAUUACCACGUUUUUCUUUAGAAUUUGGUGUUAUUGGGACCAUUAACCUUUCCAAAAACAAGUUUAAUGGUUCAGUCUCUGCAAUUUGCAAUGUUAAUGAUGAAGGCUCUUUGGCAUUGCUUGAUCUCUCAAAUAAUCAAUUUUCUGGAGUGGUUCCAGACUGUUUUGGAAGUUUCAGUCCUUUAACAGCUUUGAAUUUGGGUGAUAAUAGUUUCUCAGGCCCACUUCCAAGCUCCUUAGGAUCUCUGAUUUCUCUUGAAAUGCUAAGUUUACGUGGUAAUAAAUUCUCUGGAGUAUUACCUUCAUCUUUACAGAAUUGUGCCAAGUUAAAAUUUCUCGACUUGAGUGAUAAUGAAUUAUCAGGAGAAAUACCUAUGUGGAUCAGUCAGAAGCUUUCAUCGUUGGUUUUUCUUAGCCUUCAAGGGAACCAAUUCAGGGGAAGGAUUCCCCAUCAACUUUGUGGAUUGAAAUAUCUACAAAUCUUGGACCUCUCGGUAAAUAAAAUCUCUGGUACCAUACCACCAUGCCUCAAUAAUUUCACUUCCAUGGCAGAAAAAGUGAGUUUAGAUCGAAGGAUUGAGCAUCACAUCUUAGAUACUGGACAUAUAUUUUUAUCUCUGGAGGGUGUGUAUGGUGAGCCUAUAUAG